CCCCUGAGAACCACACCUCCGCCUGAAGGCGUGGCCUAAUCUUAAAGGUCCUGUCGCUCCAAUCGCCCUAGCGCAGUUGCCUGGAGGCGUGGCUUAAUUCGGCUUCAGGUGGCUGUUGCUAGCGGAGAUCCCGCGCUCCUCUCGGCGCCGCCCUGUCCUCGUUCUGUAUGGACAGACCCACCCCCGUCUCCACUUCUCCCUGUAGCGCAGGCUUUCCGGCUCCCAGCUCAGUUCCUUGGAGCCGACGGCAAGCUGCGUCAGCUUCGCGGGGACUCCCAGGUCACGCCUCUGCAGAGGCCCGGGGCCGUUCCAUCCGCCCUCAAUAAACAUGGCGGUGCGGCCACCGGGCGGGCAGGGGGCGGGGCCCCGCUGUCACCCGGUCCGCGCGUUGGGAGCCUGGCUAGCCAGCAACCCACGUGUGGAGAUCCCGCAGAAAAAGAGCGAUGCUGAUUCGGGAAAGAAUGGAGGGACUUUCCUAGCGCCGGAGGAGCCACGGACCAAGGCAAGCUGCUUGUAGAACCAGACCCUCUCCCUCUGCCCAGUUUCAGGUGACACAGCCUCAGAACAGGGAUUGCUUCUCCAGCUCUCCCUGAACCAUGUCACUGAGUGGAAGAGGAAGGCUGUGAGCCUGGACUGAGCCAGGAACCAGUUGGGAGCCACUUGCUUCUACCUGCUCAGCUGAGUCAGAACCAAAGAGUACCAAGUGGCUGCAGAGCACAGACGCAGUGAGGAUGACUGUGGGGGAGAGCACCUCAGCUCCCUUCCACCCAACCUCAGACACGAGCACAGUCACCUCCACCUUUUCUAUUGUGGACUAUGUGGUAUUUGGCCUGUUGCUGCUUCUUUCCCUGGUCAUUGGGCUCUAUCAUGCUUGCCGUGGCUGGGGCCACCAUACCGUUGGUGAGCUGCUGUUGGCAGACCGAAAAAUGGGCUGCCUUCCUGUGGCACUGUCCCUGCUGGCCACCUUUCAGUCUGCAGUAGCCAUCCUGGGGGGGCCAGCUGAGAUCUACCAAUUUGGAACCCAGUAUUGGUUCCUGGGGUGUUCCUACUUCCUCGGGCUACUGAUCCCUGCUCACAUCUUUAUCCCCGUCUUCUACCGCUUGCAUCUUACCAGUGCCUAUGAGUACCUGGAGCUCCGCUUUAAUAAAGCAGUGCGAAUUUGUGGAACUGUGACCUUCAUCUUUCAGAUGGUGAUCUACAUGGGGGUUGCACUCUAUGCGCCAUCCUUGGCCCUCAAUGCAGUGACUGGCUUUGAUUUGUGGCUGUCAGUGCUGGCCCUAGGCAUUGUCUGCAACAUCUAUACUGCACUGGGUGGGCUGAAAGCUGUCAUCUGGACAGAUGUGUUCCAAACACUGGUUAUGUUCCUAGGGCAGCUGGUGGUCAUCAUUGUAGGAUCAGCCAAAGUGGGUGGCUUGGGGAAAGUAUGGGACGUGGCUUACCAGAAUGACCGCAUCUCUGGGAUCAAGCUGGAUCCUGAUCCCUUUGUGCGUCAUACCUUCUGGACUUUGGCUUUCGGGGGCAUCUUCAUGAUGCUCUCCUUGUAUGGAGUGAACCAGGCUCAGGUGCAGCGCUACCUCAGUUCCCACACGGAGAGGGCUGCUGUGCUCUCCUGCUAUGCAGUGUUCCCCUGCCAGCAGAUAGCCCUCUGCAUGAGCUGCCUCAUCGGCCUGGUCAUGUUUGCCUAUUAUAAGGAAUAUAAUAUGAGCCCCCAGCAGGAAAAGGCAGCACCUGACCAGUUAGUACUCUACUUUGUGAUGGACGUCCUGAAAGACAUACCAGGCCUGCCUGGGCUCUUUGUAGCCUGCCUCUUCAGUGGAUCUCUCAGCACCAUAUCCUCUGCGUUCAAUUCACUGGCAACUGUUACAAUGGAAGACCUAAUACACCCCUGGUUCCCUGCCUUGUCUGAAACCCGGGCCAUCAUGCUUUCCAGGAGCCUUGCCUUUGGCUAUGGGCUACUUUGUCUGGGAAUGGCCUAUAUUUCAUCUCAUCUGGGACCUGUGCUACAGGCAGCAAUCAGCAUCUUUGGCAUGGUUGGAGGGCCACUGCUGGGACUCUUCUGCCUCGGGAUGUUCUUUCCAUGUGCCAAUCCUCCUGGAGCCAUUGUGGGCCUGUUGGCUGGACUUAUUAUGGCCUUCUGGAUCGGCAUUGGGAGCAUAGUGACCAGGUUGAGUUCUGCCGUGGUAUCCCCUUCCCUUAAUGAGUCGAGCUCCUUCCUGCCCAGCAAUCUGACCAUCACCACCGUGACCACCCUGAUGCCUUCUACCACCCUCUCCAAGCCCACAGGACUGCAGCGGUUCUACUCCCUGUCCUAUUUAUGGUACAGUGCGCACAACUCCACGACAGUCAUUGUAGUAGGCCUGAUUGUCAGUCUGCUCACCGGGGGCAUGCGGGGCCGGUCCCUGAACCCCGGUACCAUUUACCCUGUGAUGCCAAAGCUCCUUUCACUCCUGCCCUUGUCCUGCCAGAAGUGGCUUUGUUGCAGAAGCCACUGCCAGGAUGCCCCCAUGAUCUCCAACCUGUUUCCGGAGAAGAUAAGGAAUGGAGUGCUGCAGGACAGCAGAAACAAAGAGGAGGUGGCCGAGGAUGGCCUUGUCCACCAGCCAUGCAGCCCUACUUACAUUGUUCAAGAGACCUCCCUGUGACCUGGCCUCACUGCAAAGCAGCAGCCAGGGGCCACUUUGAAGUGCAGGGAUGAGUCCCUACAUGUGUUCUGCAGAGUUGGGUUGGGAUGACCUAGCCCACAACAAACGACUUUGUUCUUAAAGAUUCUCACUUGCCAUGAAAGCUGUCCAGUCUUGGACAUAUGAAGGUGAGACAGGGUUUUUCUUAUCCCUUGCCAGUCUUUUCUCUUAAGGAUCAGGUUUACAAAGGCACACAAUUAUGUCAUAAGUUGGGAAAUAAGUGAAUAUGCUGAGAAAACGAUGGUGCUUCUGAUUCAGUAGAACCAAGGUCCUUGGCGUGAAGAAAGACUGCACUUAUAACUGCCCUGGGACCCACUUUGGCAGGAUUGAUCAGUUCCACCAUUAAGCAUGAAGCUUCCAUGACCACCUGUUGAUUGUCUCUGCCUCCCAUGUCAGCCCUGAUUCUUUCAGUUACAGUGGGCCCCUGUGAUCAUGUUCAGGUUGUUUAUGACACCCAAGCCCCUCUUAUCUGCCUACCUCCAUUCUUGACAGGGAGGUUUUGGUGUUCCUGGGCCUUAGAUAUGUAUGUUCAUCUACUUUGUAUAGUGGGGGAAAGUUUUCCACAUCACAGAUCCUGCCCUCUCCAUCUCAGGUGGGCACUCAGAGACAGGGCAAAUGUGAAUUAAAGGAAUCAGGGCCCUACCCAGGUCCUUAUACAGUGUACAAUCCUGAACUGAAUCAGGCCACCCUGGUAUCAUUCUGUCAUUUGUGCUCCUAUUUCCUUUUGGAGUUUCUUCCUUAUGUAUUUUGUUCCUAGGGAAUAAAAAUUGCUGUUAGACCUAGA